GCAGGCGCUGGGACUCUGUGUUCAAUAGAGAGCUCUCCACACCAGGUUUUUCCCCCAGGCUCUGUGCCUCUGUGGCUUUGUUGUCCGGCCAUCUCCAGGCGGUUUCACAGUGGACAGAGGGAGCAGGUCACAUCCAUGUGGCGGGUGUGUGGCCGGGGCAGGGCUGGCGGCCUGGGGCGGGGGUGGGGGUGGGGGUGGGGAGGAGCAGUGGGGCUUCUCUUCCCCGAGCACGGGAACAGGUGAUGAACAGUCGGUGUGGCCGCGGCUGUGUGAGGCGGAGGGCUGGUCCCUGAGGAGCCCUUCCAUGAACAUCAGUGACCAGGGAUGCUGUGUUCCGAGGCCAGCCCUGUUGGGGUGUGUCAGUGAAGGCCGAGACCGUCCCAACCCCAAGAGCUGGGGAGGGGGUGUUGUGUCGAGGGUGGACGCAGGGAGGCUGACAAGCAGUCCCACUGCUGCACGGGGUCUCUGGGUCCCAGGCGGAGCACUAAGACAGCUGUCACUGCCGUCCAGACCUACACCCCUGGCCUCGGCAGCUGCCGGAGUCUGGAGCCCCUGUCAGUGGCCAGUGGGGGUCACCCCCGGCUGCCCGCUGUGGUCUGAGAGCACUGUUCCAGCCAGCUGCAACUAGCUCCUUCCACCCACCCCCGCCUGGCUGCAGCACGCCUCAGCCUGGUGGGUGGUCCUCUCAGGAACCGAGGCCUCCGAGGACAAGUGGCCAGUAAUAGAAAGAACACUGAGGCAGAGGCUUCUGAGGGGAGCCCAUCCCUUUCUGAGGCCUGGCAGGCUCCCAGGAAAUCCACUUUCUUGAGACUGGUGCCGGCCAGCUCUGUCAGCGUUCUGUCCUCCCUCCCCCGCCCCUUCAGCACUCCCCUCCCACGCAGGGGGCUCCCUCCUCUCUCGGCUUCCUAUGGCCCUGAACCUGGUAGGGGGAGGUACACUGUCUGGCCUGGAGAGGGACCUCUUGGCCUUGGGGAUGACCCCAGAGUAGGCGUUGAGUGGCAGGGCCCAUACCUGGAGGCUGAGGAGGCAGCUGGUGUGGUCCCGUACUGGCUCAAGUCCACCUCCCCUCACCCCUGCCCUGCCAGACCUCUUAUCCCUGUGGUCAGGGACACACAUACAAACUGCUUCUGGAGAGGGUUAGAACCUUUUGCAGGAAGCAGCACAGCUGGGAUUAUACCUCAGGUUUCUGGGAGAAUCCCAGCAAGUUAAGGGACAGUUCCCUGCCUCCAUUUCUCCAUCUGUAAAAUGGGUAUGAUGAUCUCAGUUCAGCCCUUAGUGACAAACAAGUCAAACUGUAGUUCUGCCUCCAGAGCCACAGAGACAGCCUUGGCAGUCCACUGUCCUCGGCCUGACGCCGUGGGUGGGCAGCAACGCCUUGAGUGAAGUUGGGCAGAGCCCACUCCUCCAGGGAGAGCCUGGGUAGAGCAGACGACAGGGUAACCAAGCCGGUUCCUUUGCCUGUGGGUGGAGAUGCAGGCCCACGGGGCACAGAAGCUUCCAGAGCUGAGCAAUCAUGACAUGAGGCCCAAGUCUUGGUGAGUCAGGACUCCCAGGGGCUCUCUUCCAUCCUAAACCCAUUGUCUGAUGGGGUUUUGGCCAAGGCCAGACCAGCCUGCCGGCCACAGCCCUUCACCAUCCUUUCAGACUCCAGAGUGAGACAAGCCUUCCAACAACAGAAUGGAAGCCAAGCGUGGUCAGGGCCAGUGUCCUCCAUCAGCAUUUCCAUUUUUCUUCUCUGUGGCCACACCUAUGUCCUGAAGGAACUUUGGCAGCAUACAAAUCUCCCUUCUGCCCUGGACUGCCCUGCAACUUCCCAGCUCCCUUAAUCUCUGGGGUACACCUUUUGAGCCUGUUGAGAGAGGCUUGGCCAGGAAAACAGUGCCCAGGAUGGGCAGGAGGACGCAGACUGGGUGCUGGAGAUGCUGCUGACUGGGCUGGGUCACCAUGGAGGAGGGAAAGGCUCUAGGUCAUGGUGGCUUCUUGCUCUGAGGGCCACGUCAUCUUUUGUCUCCCUGACUGCCGAGGCAUGGGGUAGGUGGGAGGCAUCUUCCCGUGUCAUGUCCUAGCAACCCGGGCUGCAUGUAGGGGACUCCCAGUUAGUGUCCCAGCUUCAGGACAGCCAUGAUGGGAGAAAGAACUCAUGGGACUGCUGAGAGAAGGAAGUAUAAGAGGCCUUAAAAAAAUCUCUUACCUAAAAGGAGGUAAAGCAGGGAAGAAAGUGUGUGUGUGUGUGUGUGUGUGUGCGCGCGCACCUGUGCCCCAUGAGGGAGAACAGAAUGGAGCAGAUAAUUCCUCCUCUCAGAUACACACAUAUACCCACUACUCCCUUACCCCUUCUCCUUGGCUUCCCCGGGAAGUCCAGGACGCUAAUUGUGGGGUACACGCCUCUCCAGCAGGCUGAGCAGGGUCACGCCUCUCCAGCAGGCUGAGCAGGAUCCCGUGAAAGGGUAGGGCAGUCUGGGAGCCUGACUGUCUGACCCCUGGCUGCCUCAGCUGUUCUCCCUGGGAGCCAGCCCCCCUCUCUCUCCACGAGCCCUGGGCCUCUGGCUGCUAAGCUUCCCAAGCUGCAAAGAUUAAUCUUUUUAAUAUUGCUGUUAUUCAUAGUAUUUAUCAUGCUGAUAGACUUAGAUGUGACUAGUUUUCAUCUUUUCCAGUAUUCUUUAACCUCUAUUAUUUAUACUGAGAGUAGGGCACAUCCUUUUACCCCCAUUUUACAGUCAGACUGAGGCACAAAAUGAUUUGCCUGAGGUCACAUAGCUGGCUAAUAAGCAGGUGGACUGAUGAGGAGCCUGGGUGUGUAUCCGCUGGACCCGAACCAUGGAACUUUGCUCACCCCUGCCCUUGCCUUGUGCCCCUGGCAAGGGUGCAAUCUCCCUGAACCCCAGCAUUUUCUUCUCUUAGAGGAAUAGGCCCAGGCAUGUACAUCCCUCCCUCCCUCACUUCAUUCUUGAAAUCUUAUGUAGUAGGGGCUCUGUGAAUGAGAGAGGUGGUCCUGCCGAGGGUGGUCCUGCAGAGCACCCACCCCGCAGACAGACCCGGAGCAAGGCUGUUAGACGGAGAGGGUGCCGCAGAGCGCAAGUCCAGGGAGGAGUGGAUGCCCAGGGCCGCGGGGUCUCACUGCUCACCCCCAAGCAUUUAGGCAUCGCUCUGCCUCCUGGCGUUGGGGCUGCUCUCCACUUAGCACGGGUACAAGCCCCCGAGGAUCCUGAGGAUCAGACAGCUAGCAUGGCUGGCGGCUGGUGCCUGGUGGCUGGGGCAGACUCUGACCCGGCAGUUGGCUCCUCCUUCCUUUCCAUGGACUGAUAGGCCAGAAUGUAAACGCAUUUCCAAAAUGUAUCCUUGUACCCUGCCGCAUACAGGAGUGCUAGGCUUCUCACACAGCUGCCGGGGCCCUGGGCCUGACCCAAGGCCCCAGAGCCUCCAGUUGCCCUGCUCCGAUGCCCCAGUCAAUCCAGGCACCCCUGUCUGAGAUUCUGGACUCUCCAAGCCCCAAGCCUCGCCCUCCUGCAGCCGGGCUGGGCAGGGCACCUGAGGAUGAAGGGGCUUACAGACUCCGUGAUGAGCGACUAUUGUACCUCCCAGUGAUGAUGAAAGCAGAUCCUCUGAGAAGAUGAGUCUGACUCAGCUGUGCUUUGAGAGCAUCUUCUUGGUCAUGCCUGGGGCCUUCCUGGAGCAGGGGGCCUUGCUGGGGCCAGCAGGGCUGCUGCUGGUGGUAGGUGGAACGGUGCAACGGUUGUUGCAAAUGGCAAGAUUGGCCCAGGGACUCCCAGAGGAAGAGGAAGGCUGGGCUCAGAGCCCAGAUCCACUUUUUAUGGGAAAGUGUGGGAUUCAAGUUCUCGAGUCUGUUUAGACUUUGACCCGCAUGGACCCUGGGUGAAGGAGCCCUACCCUUAGGACCUCGUCUGACUCUGCCCCACAUGUUCUUGGCCCUUGGGGAGAACUCAGGGUCUCAGGUUUCUUACUGGGGUGUGAGUUGUGGGCAGCCAGAGCCGUCUCUGGGUUGCUGAGCGGAGGAGAACGCAGGCUUUCCUGGCGCUGCGGGGACUGUAGCCAGCAGAGGGGUGGAGAGUCAUGAGGUGGGGUCAUGAGGGCAAGGCAUUUUCAGCUAAACCUGCCUCCCAGAAAAGCGCCUUGUCACUCAGAGCUGGAGGCGUUCAGGUGUGCAUCAGGGGGGCCUCUGCGAGGGGCAGUGUGGGGAGCCAGAGGAGCCUGGGCCUCAGCAGCCACGUGGCCUCAGCCUCGGGCAGGCGUCUUCCUCUCUCUUGGUUUCCUUAUUUAUAAACAGGGAUUUUGACUAGAAGGGUUUGGGAUGUUUUCCCACUCUCAGUGUCUUGGUGUAGGCCUCUCAAGUCAACCAAAGAGAUGAGGGGGCACCGACCUCUCUUGGUCAUAAAGCUGCAGACUCUCUGAGCAUUUUCCCAGGGGUGGCCCCUGGCCAGGACCGCCCGAGGGAGGGAUGUCAGCUGCAAGCCAUUUUAUUAGAAGGAUUUUCAGAGAGUCCCCUACCCCUAAAUAUUACCACCUGCAGCCUCCCUGAAUUCUAGUUGUCUGUAUGAGGCCCCUGUUAUGUAGAUACGUAACUUGGAAGAUUCUAAUGGGCUAAUGGUCAGGAUCCUCAUCCCAAUGGCCAGAAAUAGGAGAGGAAGAGCCCGAGGCAAUGCGCUAGGGGAGUUUUGUUCCCCAUUGAAGCUCCUAGCUCUCCCCAGAUCAAGCUUAGUCCUCUAGGCUGUGGCCCCGCCCCCAGAAAAUAAGUGGUCCCCUUUGGCAACCAAACCAUGUGAGCUAGACAGUGUGACCUACUGAGAGUCAUCCCCCCAAACUGGGAAAUACUCAAAAGUGAAAUGCUUGAACAUACUCAAAAGCACAUCAUAGUCUUAAAAUAAAAUUUGGUUUUGGAAUUAUAAAAAGGAAUCACAUUAUGAAGAGUUUAGAGAAACUGCCACUUUCUCAUGCUUCAUGUCUGUCUUAAAUGUCAUUUUUUUCAUAGAGGUUUCCCUAACCAUCUUAUCCAAAUUAGGUCUUUUGUGGCUCUGCUUCUUUUUUAAUUGAAGUAUAAUUAAUGUACAGUGUUAUAUUAGUUUCAAGUGCACAGUGUUCUAUUAGUUUCAAUGAUUCAGCAAUCCUAUACAUUACUCAGUGCUCAUCACAGUAAGUGUACUCUUUAAUCCCCAUCCCCCAUCCCCCCCUUUCCCCCACCCACCUCCCCUCUGGUAACCAUCAGUUUGUUCUCUGUAUUUAAGAGUCUGUUUUUUUGUUUGUCUCUUUUUUCUUUGUCCAUUUGUUUUGUUUCUUAAAUUCCACACAUGAGUGAAAUCAUAUGGUAUUUGUCUUUCUCUGUCUGACUUAUUUCACUUAGCAUUAUACCCUCUAGAUCCAUCCAUGUUGUUGCAAAUGGCAAGAUUGCAUUCCUUUUUUGUGGCUGAGUAACAGCCUGAUAUAUAUAUAUAUAUAUAUAACUUGAAACAUAUAUAUAUAACUAUACAUAUAUAGUGCUUCUUCUUUCUUUAUCCAUUCAUCUAUCGACGGACACUUGCUUCCAUAUGUUGACUAUUACAAAUAAUGUUGCAAUAAGCACAGGGGUAAAAUAUAUCUUUUUGAGUUAGUUUUUGUUUUCUUUGGGUAGGAACCCAGUAGUGGAGUUACUAGAGCAUGUGGUAAUUCUAUUUUAAAAAUUAUGAAGACCCUCCAUGCAGUUUUCCAUAGUGGCUGCACCAGACUGCAUUCCUACCAACAGUGUAUUAAGGUUCCUUUUUCUCCACAAUCUUCACCAACACUUGUUAUUUCUUGUCAUUUUGAGUCUAGCCAUUCUGACAGGUGUGAGGUGAUAUCUCACUACGGUUUCUUUUUCUUUUUUUUUUUUUUUAAGAUUUUAUUUAUUUAUUUGACAGAGAGAGAGACAGCAAGAGAGGGAACACAAGCAGGGGGAGUGGGAGAGGGAGAAGCAGGCUUCUGGCCGAGCAGGGAGCCCGAUGCGGGGCUCGAUCCCAGGACCCUGGGAUCAUGACCUGAGCCGAAGGCAGAUGCUCAACUGAUAGCCAAACAGGCGCCCCUCACUGUGGUUUCAAUAUGCAUUUCCCUGAUGAUGAGUGAUGCUGAGCAUCUUUUCAUGUGUCUGUUGGCCAUUCUUAUGUCUUCCUUGGAAAUAUGUCUAGUCAGGCUCUGCCCAUUUUUUAAUUGGAUUAUUUGUUUUUAUGGUGUCGAGUUGUAGAAGUUCUUUAUAUAGUUUGGAUAUUAACCCUUUAUCAGACAUAUCAUUUGCAAAUAUCUUCUCCAGUGGUCUCCUUUGCUGUGCAAAACUUUUUAUUUUGGUUUGGUCCCAACAGUUUAAUUUUGCUUUUGUAUCCCUUGCCAAAAGAAAAAUAUCUGGAAAAGUGUUCCUAUGGCUGAUGUCAAAGAGAUUACUGCCUAUGUUUUCUUCUAAGAAUUUUGUGGUUUCAGGUCUCACAUUUAGGUCCUUAAUCCAUUAUGAACUUAUUUUUGUGUUUGGUGUUAGAAAGUGGUCCAGUUUCAUUCUUUUGCAUGUAGGUGUCUAGUUUUUCCCAAUACCAUUUAUUGAAGAGACUUUUCCCCAUUGUAUACUCUUGCCUUCUUUGUCAUAGAUUUCUGGGCUCUCUCUUCUGUUCCAUUGAUCUAUGUGUCUGUUUUUGUGCCAGGACCAUACUGUUUUGGUUACCACAGCUUUGUAGUAUAUCUUGAAAUCUGGAAGUGUGGUACCUCCGGCUUUGGUCUUUCUCAAGAUUGCCUUGGCUGGCCCUGUUUUUUUUUUUUAAACACACACUAUUCUGGUCUUGUUAUGUGCCAGGCACUGUUCUAAGAGCUUUGUGGGUAUUAACUCAUUCAAUCUGCCCAAGAGCCUUGUCAGGUACUCUUACUUGCUCUAUUUUUACAGCUCUGGGGGGAAACUGAGGCACAGAGAGGUCAGGAAACCUGCCCAGGGUUGUAUAGCUGGUGAGGGGCCGAAUUGGGAUUCGAACCCAGGCAGCUUGGCUCUAGAACCAGUAGGCUCAGCACUGGGUUCUGCUCCCCCAAGCACAGCUUUCAAUGUGCUCUGCCCAUCGUUUCCCUCCGCCUUUGGAGGCUGAGCUCCUCGUCCUCGCAUCCAUUUUGCUUAGCAGUCAGGCAGAUGAACAAAUGCUGAGAAAGGGGGAGAUUGGCCGUGACACAGCUACCUUAGACACCAAUUAGGAGAGUUUUGAAAGAUGGUAGAUCUCCACACCCUGGGUAGGAAGCGCUCCUGCCAGUUCCUCUGUCGUCUUUGGGGGGACAGAGCCUGUGCCGACACUCCGGGGCCAAGAGGUGGCGAGGUGCCUGGUGCCCGGCCCGGCUCCUGCUUGGCUGCUCCCCAACCCCUCCUGACCUUGCCCUUGCUCACUCCCUUGCUGUCUCUCUGAAGCUCCUUAUCUCUGGCUGCCUGUCUCAUCCGCUUCCCUUUGUUCCCGGCUGUGCGUCCAGACCCUCCCUGAAACUACUGGGGCUUGAGGACAUGAGACAGAAAUUUUACUUUAUAAACUCUAUUAGGCAGUGUAAACCAAACAUUAGCAGAGCUGGCAAAAAAAUCUAGGCAGGUGGUUACUUUGGGAUCCUAAAAGGUGGGAUUAGGUUGAGUUAUCUGUUACAUUGUGGAUUCAGAAGCUGCUGGAAUCCUGGGUCCUGUCUGAUCCCUGCCUUGGCUGCCUCUGGCAGUGUGGUGCCAAGGGGGUGCCUUGGGGGGCUUAGAUGCCCCCACAUUUCCGUUAGUUCCAAACAAACCUGCAAUGUUGCCACAGACGGUGUGUUCGCUACGAAAGCGUAACUACACAAUGAAUGCCUAGACCCCGUUUCCACCCACUGCCCAUAAGCCCCCCUCGGAAGCCUCCGAAUCUCAAAGAGGGCCCGUCUGCUCUCUCUGUUUGGCUCGUCAUCUUCCCUCGAGCCUUUAUAACGAGCGGGGCUGGAAGGCUCAGUUUGCUCAUUCAUUCAUUCUUGGUCCCUUUACAUGUUGACGGUUAUUUAACACCUUUAAUGACAAUACAAGACAGUAGAGGGGACCCAGGAAGCAGGGGUGAAGAAACAGCCUGUAUGGAUGAAAAAUUAAAUGGCAGUGCAGGGGUUAACCGACACCACGUUGGCAAACACACACCAGAAGUGCCGUGAUAUGUCAAAGGCGCCCAGGACAAAUAUCAAGAACUGAGUCCAUAGGCAGGAGCGAUGCCUCUGGCUGGAGGGCUGAAGUCAGGCUUCUUGGAAGGGUGGGUUUGCCCUGGGCCUGGAGGUGAGUCAGAGAUGGACAGUUCAGGGGAGGGCAUUGCAGGCAGAGGACCAGCCUGGGGUUUGGCCAGCAGAACCAGAAGCGCAGCCCGGGAUUUUGGUGAGUGGCCUUGGUGGCGCGCGUGACUCGUGCAUCCACAGGGUGGGGGGUGAGUGCAACGUUGAAUAUCAGGGCUGCCCACAAACAUAAAAAGAAAUGCCUGGAAACCCAACUGUGGAACACAACAUACAAACCAAUGUGAAAGAAAACCACUGGUGGAGCCAUUCUGAAACACGUUCAGCAAGAGGGAUCCGCAGACUGAGGUGGGUCACAAGUGACUAGUUGUGGGCGACUGUCCCGGGUCUCUAUCCUGGGGCAAUUCCGGGCCACGGUGGGCCGGAGCCUGGAGGUCUAGCAUCUUCAGUCCCCCUUAGGAGGGGACUCUAGGCCUCCCCUGUGCUGAGCCCGUCCAGUUCUGGUCUGGUGCUGAAGUGACUCAGCCUUGGUUUCACAGAGGACGAGGCUAGUGGGUAGGCUGGCCUCGGCAUAUGUCCCCUGGGCCAGUCUCUCCCAGAGCCUGUGGGUCCUGACAGACCCCCCACCACCCUGGUAGCUCAGAGAUAUAUGGGAUCUACUUCAAACAGCCGUCUAAUGCUGAGGCUUCUCUGUCCUCUGUCCCACGAGACACCAAUAGGUUCUAAGAACUCUUUUCCAGCCUGGCCUGAAUCCUGCCAGUCCAAUAACAGCAGAGCACCAGGCUUACUAGUAAAUAUUUGCUCACAGAAUUCCCAUUCUCCACACUGCUCAUGGCCUGACUGCCUCCUGGAUCCUUGCCCAAGUGCCCUCACCCUCCACAGCUGCACCCUGUCCUCACUUCCUGAUCAGAGGAGGCAUCUCUGUUUGGUGUUCUCGUCAUGGGAAUGCCAUCUGCCAUGCACCUGUCACCACCCCCUCCCAGCCCCAAGUCUCCAGGACUCAGCCUCCUGGGACUCCUACCUUGCUGGCUGGCUCCCUGGGAACAGCUUUUAAUCAAGGGUGGAAAGUCCAUGUGAAAACCUAACUGGGGGAAAACUUGGAAAGAGGAGCAGCAGAGUUUUCUGUCCAGACCAGGCCAGCCUGCAUUUACCUCUAUAAACGCCUAUGUGCAGCUAAUUUAUCUAUGAGGCAUCUUUGCAGGAGUGUACCGAGGUGUGUUCACACGUUGGCUCGCUGGAUUGUUUCCUACUGUCCUAUCUACUUUCCUCCAUGUCAGCACAUCUUGGGUUAUGCAGUCCUGGGCUUUGGGAAUCAGAUCUGGGAAGUGGGGAUGAGCAGCUCUGAGAGGCAUGGAGGCAUUCAAGUGGAGGCAGGACAGCCUCCUAGGAUCGGGCCGGGCUUACAAUUUCAUAUGAGAAGUGGAGCCAGGUGACCGCUGAGGUCCCUUUAAUUCCAACGGAAUCUGAGCGCAGACCACUUUGCCUGGUAACCCAGACGUGAUUAAGUGGUUGUUGGUGAAUUCUGUGGGACAACGUGGCAUCAGUGCCCAUCAGGACAGCGUCUGGUUGGAAGUCCUGCCGCAUAACUUACUGAUGUGCCCCUGGGUGUGCCUGCCAACCUUUCUGUGCCUCAGUUUCCUCCUCUGUGAAUGAGGAUAACAAUAGUACUAUUAAGGGUUGUAGUGGGAGUGAAGGAGAGAAUGCAUAGGAGGUUCUUGGCGUGUGACACCCCAGCACAUGCUCAGUCAGUGUUGGUGGUUGUCCUUAAAGUUGGCAUUGUGGUUCUUGUUGGAGGACACAGUCAGAAAGACCUGGAUCCUCAGAUGUGCCCUCUGGCUCUAUGGGGUAAGUGUCAACCGUCCCCCAGCAUCCAGCCUUGCUCCUGACCUAAAAUUCCCCCGACGGAGGGAGGCGCUCCUGCCCAGAAGCUCCACCCCACAGGCUGCUCAGCCAGACAGUAGGGUCAACCCGGCCAGACGGACUCCACACCUUCGGCCUCAGUGGGGUCCCCCCAGCAGGGCCUUUGGAAGGCACCGUCCACCCCAAAUUCUGAGGCGUUGUUCUCCUGGCCCAGCCAGGGACCGUCUCCUUUAGCCCCUAAGCUAACCAGAGUCCGAGAUCCGGGCAUGGGCCACCAGCCCCCCAGAGGCUGCGGGCUCCCUCUGGCCGUGGUCGCAGCCCGCUCUCCGCUUGGACUUGGCCACUGGGGCAGGCCAAGCAGCCUUUCUGCUCCUACUCCUUCAACCAGCCUUCCUCCUCCGCGGAAGGGCCAGGCUGACGCUGCGGCUGUGCUUCUGCCGUGAGUCUCUUGCAAGGUGGCUUCCUCGAGGCUGUCCUGGGCACUCCGGAGCCCUACGUGGGGUCUCAUUUCUGCAUAGCGAGGCAGGGGCAUUCUUCCCAACCCACCGUGGCGGCUCACCCUGGGCUUGGCGGGAAGCCCCGGAAUGAACUUGGCAGGGAUUGUCAGGUUCAAGCCCGUAAUUUUGGAGAUGAGGAAACUGAGGUCAGAGAGAGGAAGCAUCCCACACUUCAAGCACACCGGCUGAGGAGGACAGGCCCCCCUACUUCACCCCUGGAAAAAAAUCACUAUGGAGUGGUCUCAACGGUUCAUCAAUUUUGCCUUUUUAUAUGGGAGUUUUCUUUUAUUGAGGGGGCAGAAUCUCCAUGCAGCACUCUUUCUGGAAAGGGCAAUUAACUUAGCAGAUUUUACCUUUAAUAGGAGGGGGAACUUGGCAGCUCCACGUUGCUGCACUUCUGCUCUCGGACCUGGGGAGGAAGGAGUGCCAAGAAGCCUCACCUCCCUGGGGAGGGUCCUCGGGAAGACGAGUGUAAGUAGGGGAUGAAGGGAGUGGGCUUCUGGGCCCCCAGAUGAGCAAGGGUAUGUCCUCUGGCUGUCUCUAAGGCCUCUCGCCCACCGCUGACCUCGUAAAGCUGGAACCUGUGAGAACCUGAACCAUGAAAAGCUGAGACGCUGACUCAGUAAGUUAGAGACUACUUGCAUACUAUUUCUGGGGCGCUUUAGCUAUGUGUGGUUUGAUGCUCAUAAGAGCAGCCCUUGUUUCUGACCCACACCUCCUAUAUCUCUCCUUGCACUGACCCUAACACUUGCUUGAGCACUUCACUGCUGGUCAAAUCUGGAAUGAUCACUUUACUGUGUCCCUCAUAUUAGCACCAGGAACUCAAAGAUGGAGCCAGCCUGUAGCUCCUUGGAAGGUCAGAACAGUGGUUUGCUGGUAGGUGGGUGUUUGGAGGGCAUCACCCAGAGACAAGCCCAUUGGUGCUCCCACUUGGGACAGAGAACCCCCCAAACCAGGCCUAUCUUGCUGUGCCUACUUACAUGACCUAUUUUCUGGCUACAGCUAGUAUUACCUGUUCCAAACAUCUGGAAUUACCUGCCUGCUUAGUCGCCUUCCACCCGGCUUCAAACAGCUGGAGGGCCCCACCCCCUCUCCACGUCCUAUCCAUCUAGGCUCCCUCCCUCCCCUUUUUCUUCCUGGAAGGAUCUGGAGGUACCAGAUCCACAAGUUCUGAUGUCUUUAAAAGGAUCAUCCUGGGCAAUAAGGCUCAUUUGAGAGCUGUGACAUUCACCUUGACUCUAGUGAAAGUCCAACAGCCAAUCCCCUUUUGGCUUCCAACUGGGCACCAUGAGGGCCUGUGUGCCCCUGAUCGUGGCCAUACUCUGCAGCCUGGGCUGGGCUGGAAAAUUGGAGUCCUGUGCAUCUCGCUGUCAUGAGAAAUUUAACCGGGAUGCUGCCUGCCAGUGUGACCGCCAGUGUCCCCGGCACGGGGACUGCUGUGAAGACUAUGAGCACCUGUGUCCUGUGCAAGAGGACCCCGAAGAGCCAGAGCCAUUCCUGGGGCUGGAGGAAGAGAUGUUGGAGGCCCCAGCGAGCAACCUGUACUCGGCACCCAGCUCCUGCCGGGACCGCUGCCACGAGGCCUUCGACAGGCACCAGCCGUGUCACUGCAAUGCCCGCUGCCCAGAGUUUGGGAACUGCUGCAAGGACUUCGAGAGCCUGUGUGGCCACGAGGGCUUCUCCUACAGCAGGGACGCCAUAACCAAGGAGGAGCUACAGAGCAUCUCUGAGAAGAUCUACAGGGCGGACAUCAACAAAGCCCAGAAGGAAGACAUCAUUCUCAACAGCCAAAACCGCAUCUCGCCCUCGGAGGCCAGAGACCACGUGGACCGCUGCCCAGAGCCGCUCUUCACGUAUGUCAACGAGAAGCUGUUCUCCAAGCCGACCUACGCGGCCUUCAUCAGCCUCCUCAACAACUACCAGCGGGCCACGGGCCGCGGGGAGCACUUCAGUGCACAGCAGCUGGCCGAGCAGGACGCCUUCCUCGGAGAGGUCAUGAAGACCGCGGUCCUGAAGGAGCUCUAUGGCUUCCUCCGUCACCAGAACCGCUACAGCUCGGAACAAGAGUUUGUCAAUGACUUGAAGAACAUGUGGUUUGGGCUCUAUUCAAGAGGCAAUGAAGAGGAGGACUCAAGUGGCUUUGAACACAUCUUCUCAGGUGAAAUAAAAAAAGGCAAGGUCACCGGCUUCCAUAACUGGAUCCGCUUCUAUAUGCAAGAGAAGGAGGGCCUGGUUGACUAUUACAGUCACGUCUAUGACGGCCCCUGGGAUUCUUACCCCGACGUGUUAGCCAUGCAGUUCAACUGGGACGGCUACUAUAAGGAAGUGGGCUCAGCUUUCAUUGGGAGCAGCCCUGAAUUUGAGUUUGCGCUCUACUCCCUGUGCUUCAUUGCUAGGCCAGGCAAAGUGUGCCAGUUAAGCCUGGGUGGAUAUCCCCUGGCCAUCCAGACCUAUCCCUGGGACAAGUCCACCUAUGGAAAUGGCAAGAAAUACAUCGCCACAGCAUACGUGGUGUCUUCCACCCAAUAGAGCUUGGAGCCAGAUAGGAGCAUGAGGGCAGUGAGAAUUCCUGCAGGACUCAGGGGCUAUCUGCUCUGGGCUGCAGGGGGCUGGAGGAGACUGGGAGGGGUUACCAAGUCUAGAAAUGCCCUUAUUGUUAAGAGAGAAAAGACACAAAUAAGAAAAAUGCAGAGAAACAGUCAAAUCUUUGUGCUCCAGCAUUUUGCAAAUAGAGUCCAGACAGAGAAGAUGGGAGCCCUCUGUAGCCCUUUGCCCUGAUGGGAGGUGAAACCAUAGACAAGUCCUUGACCUCUCUCCAGGCCUCAUGUUUCCUUUUAAUGUAAAGGGAAGGGGUUUGCCCCCUUUCUUCUUUUUGGAGUCGGUGAGAGGGCAAACCUGAUGAUAUCAUUACUGUGAAGGUGUUUUCAAUUGUUCUUAAGAAGAACAGCAGAUAAAAAUUCAAGGUUACUAUAAUAGCUGUUAUCAUACACAGCUUUGCAAACUGUAGUUCAGCCCUAUGUUGGGGCCUCAAAGGACUCUGGUCAUGGAAAUCAAGCAGUGGGUAUUUGGUCUUUUCUAGGGUUCUAUCCUCUCAGAACAGGGUCUGGGAGAACUUCUGAUGCUUGAUGAAGGGGAUAGUGGGUUAGCACAGUGAGUGAGCUUGGGAGGGAGUGAACUUCUCUAGGCCUGAGUGUUUUUGCAGCCAGUUCAGUGACUGCAUUAAGAAGCUUUCUACUUGUAGAUGUUUAGUGCAGGUACAGAGGUGUAUUUUGAUCCCACAUAGUUUGUGAAAGACUUCCCCAAAUAGGAGGAAGAUUUUGCAUCUGAAGAAAGGAACUUAUAGCUUGGUGACAUUAACAAUUAUUUUAAGGCUUAUCCAGCAGCCAUAGUUUGCUGGAAUUACUCUGGAAUUAAAGACAGGGGCUCCCUGUUCCAACCUCAAUUAUGCAUUUCUCCUCCCAUGACCUCAGGGAGAACCAGACACUGUCCCACAGAACUAGGCUUGAACUAUGGUUUACAGGGUUCGAGUCUCCAAUUAAAGUCAUUAAGAAAACUUGAAAUCUAUCUUCUUUUUGUAUAUGACCCCCCUCAACUGUCUGUCUCCCUCCCUGCCUUUUCCCUGGAGCUGAGAGUGAUGUUGCUGGCUUCAGUGUCUCUUCAGGAUGGUGGGGAGAAUGUGGUAACUCGAAGUCCCUGAGGACUCAUCAAGUCUCUCUAGCCAAGAGGGGAAGAGAAUUAUUCCUGGUUGAUUUGUAAUGUGAAGUGUAGAAGGAGGGUACUUAUGACUUCUGGUUCCACAUAUAAGGAGCUUAGACGUCACUAUUCCAUCCUAACAACAAGUGAAAAAAACGAACAGACUGAAAAAUCAACAAGUCUUCUUGGAUCUGCAAGAGAGGAGAGGACACAGGCAAACCAGUGCCCUCAAGAUUGGAAAGUCAGGCAAAUACAAAUUGGAAUAAGCUUGGAAAGACAAGCAUACUGGAGCAGAGACUCUCAUGCAGCAAACCAUUGCAGAAACCAUUGCCAGGAUAGGAAAAUCUGAACUGCAGUAGGUGAAUUGCCUGAAGGAGAGGUGGUGCAGACUAUUCUGAGUUCAAAACUCCAGGGGAGCCAGGCAUAGGGGGAUGCCACAGGAUUGUGAGAUUUAUCUCCAGGAGCUCCACCAGGUUCCCAUAGUGCGUACCAGAGAGAAACCCUGCUGGGUUACUGGCACAGGGAGGAGAAGUGGAACCAUUUUGAAAUAGCCAAAGAACUCUGUCCUUGCUAACAAAGCCUGCCCUUGGGGGAAACCUGUUAGCUGUUGGCUAACCUGCUAGACUAUUAUCAGAGCCUAACUGACCUGGGGAAGGGAAAUACCCAACUCCACCCGUUAGCCAUCCUCUUUCACACAAAGGGAGCAAAAACCUGAGAAACACUUGUGAAGUUCACAAUCCAGAGGCAUAGGCUCACUAAAAGACUGAGACACAAUCAUAAGACCGUAGAAUGCUUCCCUCCCCCACCCCCCACAUUACCAAAGGCUGAUUUACCAUGCCUGGCAAUCAAGAAAAAAUUACAAAGCAUAUCAAAAGGUAAAAUAACAUAAUUUGAAGAGCUAGAGCAAACAUCAGAAACAGACAUGGCAGGGAUGUUGUAAUUUUCAGAUAGGGAAUUUAAAGUAACUAUGAUUAAUAUGCUAAGGGCUAUAAUGAAUAAAGUAGAUAGCAUGCAAGAACUGAGGGGCAAUGUAAACAGAGGGAUGGAAAUCCUAAGAAAGAACCAAAAAGAAAUGCUAGAGAUGAAAACACUGUAACAGAAAUGAAGAAUACCUUUGAUGGGCUUAUUAGCAGACUGGACACAUUUGAGGAGAGAAUCUCUGAGUUUGAGGAUAUCUCAAUAGAAUCCUCAAAAACCAAAAAGCAAAGAGAAUAAAGACCAACAAACAACAAAAACAGAAUAGCCAAGGACUAUGGGACAACUACAAAAGGUGUAAUAUACACAUAAUGAGAAUGCCAGAAGGAGAAAAAAGGGAGAAAGGAACAGAAGAAAUACUUUAAACAAUAAUGACUGAGAAUUUCCCCAAAUUAAAUGUCAGAUAUCAAACCAGAGAUCCAGGAAGUUCAGAAAACACCAAGCAGAAUGAAUAUCAAAAAACCACUAUAUUUUGACACAUCAUUUUCAAAUUACAGAAAAUCAAAGAUAAAGAAUAAUUGUGAAAGAAGCCAGAGGAAAAAAAAUCUUACCUACAGAGGAGCUAAGAUAAGAAAUACAUCUGACUUCUCCUAAGAAACCAUGCAAGCAAGAAGAGAAUGGCAUGAAAUAUUUAAAAUGUUGAGAGAGGGCACCUGGGUGGCUCAGUCAGUUGAGUUUCCAACUCUUGAUUUCAGCUCAGGUCAUGAUCUUGGGGUCAUGAGAUUGAGCCCUGCAUCACCCUUUGCACUCAGCACAUUGUCUGCUUGAGAUUCUCCUCUCCCUCUGCCCCUCCCCCUGCUCAUGUACACUCUCCCUCCCUUUAAAUAAAUAAAUAAAAUCUUUUAAAAAAAAGUUGAGACCAAAAAACCACCAACCUAGAAUUCUGUACCCUGCAAAAUUAUCCUUCAAAAGGCUAAGGAGAAAUAAAGACUUUCUCAAAUAAACAAAAAUCCAGAGAAUUUGUUGCCAGUAGACCUGCCAUGCAAGAAAUUUUCAAAGAAGUUUUUGGAGAGAAGGAAAAUAACAUAGAUCAGAAUCUCAGAUAUACAUAAAGAAAAAAAGAGAGUAUCAAAGAAGUAAAAAGUAAAGGUAAAAUAAAAACUUUUAUUUUCUUAUUCCUAAUUGAUCUAAGAGACAACAGUUUGUUUAAAAUA